AAGGCGCAGUUGAGGAGAGCAGAGCAAGAGCCACGGUUUACAGAGCAGCAUACGAGACGAUGACGAGAGACGCGCAGUGAAGGUGAACGGAAGAAUAAAACACGAGGGAUUGUGAACAAGCAGAAGAAAAAAAAACGGUGCAUGACUGGAUUCACAGCAAGGCAGCUGAGUCCGGCUCAUUAUGAAAAGGAUCCGUUGCAGACUGCAGGCAGGGUUGUGUGAAUGGAAGAGACACUAGAUCUGUAGAUAGCGGAAACAGAAGUGCAGGGGAUGGUUGGGCUGCAUGGGCUCUGUUGUUGGCUUCACUGCUGCUGUCCUACACCGCUACACUCGAAACCCUUUCAACACCCUCAGAUAUGAGCUCCAAACACUCAUCGGACUGGAUCCCUUACAGUACCUUGGAUGAUGAGGGGACGACCCUGCGACAACAGAAGCUGGACAGACAGCGAGCUUUACUGGAACAGAAGCAGAAAAAGAAACGUCAGGAGCCCCUGAUGGUGCAGUCUAAUCUGGACGGACGGUCGCGGGUGCGCAGGACCCGGCAGUCGGAGGAACAGGCUCCCCUCGUGGAGAGCUACCUCAGCGGCAACAGCAGCACCAUCUACCACGUACAAGAAGCGGAACAGGAAGAAGUUAAAGCCAUAGCAGAGGUUCAGGCCCCUCGCUCGGCUAAAAAAAACAAGCCGCCUACCUCCACUCCUCAGACUGGCAGCGCCAAGAAGGAGAAAAAGGGCAAGCACAAAGGAAUUGAUGGGCCCGCUGGCUUCCAGGAUGAGGGUCAGGAGCUGGGCAACCAGAUUCAGAUCCUGACAGUGGGCCACUCACCUGCCCAGGAGAGCGAGGCAGAGGGCCAGGGUGAGGCAGUGGGCAGCACACAGUCACAGGGCAAACAGGACCUAAGGGUCACCAUGCUGAAGAAAGGAAUCUCCAGUAGCAUGAACUUCGAUGAAGAGGAGGAUGAAGAUGAUUUGGUCAGCUCAAGCUCAUCUCAGCUCAACAGCAACACAAGACCUGGCUCUGCCACCAGCAAAAAGUCCAGCAAGGAGGCAACCUCAGCUUCCACCCCAUUGGCCAAUGAGCCAUCCAUCGACGUGGAUGACCUGGAGGAGUUCAUUCUCAGACCCGCCCCCCAAGGGGUGACUGUGAAAUGCAGGAUCACACGAGAUAAGAAGGGCAUGGACAGGGGCAUGUACCCCACAUACUACCUCCAUCUGGAAAGGGAGGACGGCAAGAAGGUUUUCCUUUUAGCCGGGAGGAAGAGAAAGAAGAGCAAAACAUCCAAUUACCUCAUCUCCAUCGACCCAACUGACCUAUCACGAGGUGGCGAGAGCUUUAUUGGCAAACUGAGAUCAAACCUUAUGGGUACCAAGUUUACAGUAUAUGACAGCGGUUUGAACCCAGUCAAGACCACCUCCAGCCUAGAAGCAGGGAAUCUACGACAGGAGCUUGCAGCGAUCUGCUAUGAAACUAAUGUUUUAGGGUUCAAGGGGCCUCGAAAGAUGAGUGUCAUAAUUCCUGGAAUGAACAUGGACCAUGAAAGAGUCUCAAUCAGGCCUCGAAAUGACCAUGAGUCUCUACUGGCUCGAUGGCAGAACAAAAGCACUGAGAGUGUGAUAGAGCUCCACAACAAGACGCCUGUGUGGAACGAUGAUACUCAAUCAUAUGUGCUGAACUUCCAUGGCAGAGUCACACAAGCAUCUGUCAAAAACUUUCAGAUCAUUCAUGACAAUGACCCGGAUUACAUUGUGAUGCAGUUUGGCCGUGUAGCAGAGGAUGUCUUCACAAUGGAUUAUAACUACCCCAUGUGUGCCCUGCAGGCAUUUGCUAUUGCUCUGUCCAGCUUUGACAGCAAACUAGCCUGUGAGUAGCCAUGUCUCUCUGCCAGCCACAACCACGUAAGAACCCAGCCAGACUGCUUUACAAGCUGAAUCACUGAGUCAAGGGCUGUGGUGAACUCCAAGGCAGCAGAGUCCCUCUCAAGACCCUCCUUUGAAGGCAUGAAUGUGUAGCGUUUGUGUCUUUGUGUGAAUGUAUGUGAGCAAGAUGUGUGUGUGAGUGAGUUAGGUUUCUGCUCUUUUCUUUUUUUUUUAAAAAAAAAUGGGCAUCAGAGUUGGGGGAAAGCACAAAGACUUCACAAUUCAAGAGAUUGUCGGAAUAUGGUGCAUUCAUUUGAAUCGACAGUCAACAUCUCCUAGUCGCUUUCUUUACUUAACCGACAAGGUAACACUAACAUUUUGCUAAUGUGAAAAUAAGGAUAUUUUACAGUAGUACUUUUUUCCCUAAGAUUAAAAUCAUACGUCAUUUUGCCAUGGUCAUAAUUUAAUGUUCACUAACAGUUUGGAUAUUUUACUUAAUUAACUUUUGUCAGACGAUUUUCAAAUGUGACAUUUCUUCAGUUAUACGUGUCACGUGUGUCAUUUAAUACAUCGAUUCAUGUUUCACUCCAAAGCCAGUAUGAAGUAUGACACACUAACAUAUUUAUCCAUUAUUUAUGUAUUUAUAGAUUUCCAUUCCAUCUUCUGCUUGUGUCUUACCCCAUGUCCAUAAUUCACAGUGCUUCAAGCACAAAACUUGACCAGGGCAACUUCACAUCUGAGCUUUUGGUGCGGAUUCAUUACAAUUCAACUGAUGAAUGUGUGACACUUCCACAAAAUAGAUGGUAAUCAUUAUCAGUUCAUGUCCUUCUGCACUUAAACUGCCUCAAUUAUGCUAUUUUAAAGAUUCCUAAUUCUGUUUUGGAGGUCUCCUGAAAUAGGUUUACAUGUCCAAGGUUAAAAAAAAAACACUUUAAUUUUCUCAUAAUAUGCAUUGCUGCAUUGACUCAUUUUUUCACAGUGUCUUAAAUGGUUCAUUAAAGGAUUCGCCCAACAAAACGCUCAUUACCAUAUUUGAAUUUCAGCUCCAGAGGCUUCUUCAGCACUCGUAUACACAGUGAUAUGAAUAGUAGGCUAAUGAUGGUGUCAGUGUUCGCAGGCACUGCGAAACAAACUUGCUUUUGCAAAUUUGGUUCAAAAUUUGGUUCAAAACCAAAAUUUGGUACAAACCUUCGAAGGUUCGUGCAGUAAGUAAGAUUGAAAUUUCGGAUAACUCAUUUCACGCAGUUAAGAAUCAAUUCUUUCUUUUGGGAGACAACAACUCCAUUUAUCGUACAUUUUAAUCUUUGGAACUUUGUAGGCCUAUUACAUUUACAAACAGCUAUAUGACAUGCUACUGUACAUGAAAGGAAAUAUAUACGAAUAAGCAUAAUGGGGCACUUUAAAACAGUUUAUCUAGUGUUUGAGUGGACAUGAGAUCCUAAAACAGUUGUAAUGUCAUUUGAAGCAACCAAAAUGAAUGGUUCACCAGUAGCUCAAGUAUGAAAGACCCAAAUAGUGGCAGAAGAGUGUAGUAAAUGUAUUUUAUGUGAGGGUCAAUAUCAGGGUAAGUACAUUAUCAUCUCAUACUGACCCACUACAUCUGUAGGGGAAUGUACUGAAUGGAGCACUUUAUUCAGAGAUUAAUGGUAGAACGCUGUAAAUAUUGUGCCUUUGGACAAGACACUUGUGAUGCUUGAAGUUGGUGAGAUACUUUGUUUUCUUCAGACAAUGUUAUU